AUGAACGAACUAUCAGAGAAUGGCAGCCGCGGGCGCGGCCAACCUGUUGAGCUCUCAGAGAACAUCGGCCACGGCGAACGGACUGAGAUUAUAGAGUAUGACAAGUCCGGGAAUUUUGUUCGCAGCUGGACCCAUGGCCCAGAUAACAUCGUGGUCUUGAAGUCGAAGGUUUGCACUUCUUGGCUUCCUUCCAUGCACGAGGCCUUCAUGCCCGUGGGGUAUCCUCAUUCUGUAUCAAGCGAUUAUCUCAACUAUCAAUUUUUCGAUUCCAUGCAAGCAUUUUUCUCGACAAUAACAUCUCUUCUUGCCAACAGAGCGUUGCUGCAAGGUCUCGGCGUUGGGGACGCCAACUCGUCCGCGACUUUUGCUAUGCUACUCACUGUCCUCAAGGACGCAAUUUCUCGUGUCGCGACCAUUGCUUUUGCUCAACAAUUUGGCCUUCGUAUUGAGCCUGACGCCAAGCGCUUCCGAUUCCUCGCUGAUCUCUUCAACGACACUGCUUUUUUCAUGGAGCUAUACAGCCCUUACCUCGGUCCCUACGGAAAGAUUCUUGCACUCACCACCGGAGAGGCCCUUCGAGCCUUGUGUGGCGUGGCAGCAGGUGCGAGUAAAGCAGCUCUAAGUGUGCACUUUGCCAAGCAUGAUAAUCUUGCGGAACUCAAUGCCAAAGAGGCCAGCCAGGAAACGGCCAUCGGCUUAAUCGGUCUCGCGGUUGGAACGCUCGUGGUCAAGUAUGUGGAGGAUCACAAUACCGUCGUCUUUCUUAUGAUUGUCCUCGUGCUCGCCCACUUGUGGAUGAAUUAUCUUGGCGUUCGCUGUGUGUGCAUGGACAAUCUCAACCGACAGCGCGCGACUAUCCUUUUCGACGAAUACCUCAAGACCGGCAAGAUCAUGACACCUGAGGAGGUCGCUACGCGCGAAAGUAUCCUAAUAUGGUGGUCCUCCACCCGCAUCGAAAUGGCCGGCAGUUACUACAAGGCAACGAAGGAUAUGGUUAAUGUAAUCGCAACCGACGGCAGUACCCUUUUUGUAGGGCCACAUGGCAUCAAGAUCAUGCUUUGGGAGGACUCCACUGCAGUUCAGGCCAUCGAUGCCUGGUUUACGGCUAUGAAGAUCUCCUACUCCAAGGAUUCAGACUAUCAUGAGAAGAAAGGAGCUUUGGAAGAGUCGCUUCUGGAGGGAAUGCGUGUUAAGGGAUGGAGACUGGAUACGCACGCUUUAGAGACAAGCGCGCCCACUCGUCUGGGCCUGGGCAUGGGGACUAAGAAGGACGAAUAA